AUGGAUCAGAAUUUGAGGGAUGCUUCUGAGCAAGGAAACGUUGAUGGCUUGUACUCGUCGAUUGCAAGGGACCCGAAAGUUUUGGACAAGAUCGAUGAGAUUCCAUUUGUUGACACCCCAUUACACGUAGCUGCAGCUGCAGGACAGACCGAGUUUGCCAUGGAGAUGACGAUGUUAAAGCCAUCAUUUGCUAAGAAGCUUAACCCAAAUGGCUUCACCCCCUUACUCCUUGCUAUGCAUAAUUAUGUGACAAGUCGAAAGGAGACUGCCCUGCAUGUUGCACUGAAAAAUGACGAGUUAGAUGCCUUUCAGGUCCUUGUUGGAUUGGGGAGGAUGUUACUGAAUGUUCAAGAUUUGAAUGAUGUGACAAGUCGAAAGGAGACUGCCCUGCAUGUUGCACUGAAAAAUGACGAGUUAGAUGCCUUUCAGGUCCUUGUUGGAUUGGGGAGGAGGUUACUGAAUGUUCAAGAUUUGAAUGGUAACGUACAGUGUAACACUGUGUUGCACAUUGCAGCAUCCAAAAAUCAACCUCAGAGAAUGCUAAUGUCAAACGACAUGCGCAAUAUGCUGGUGGUGGUUGCUGUACUGCUUGUAACAAUUGCCUACCAAACAGUACUCAGUCCUCCGGGAGGAUUUUGGCAAGAUAAUCAGUUCAAUACCAUUACCAACGCAAGUAGUGAAGUCAAUCAACCCCCACACCGCGCAGGACAGUAA